AUGGCUGGUGGUAAAGGAAACAAGCCUGUUAAUGCCAACAAAUCUAAUGCAGCUGCAAACCCUAGCAAGGGAAGGAAGAAGGAGACUGGUCUAGGUCUUACUAAUACUAAAGAUGGCAACUUUGGUGAAUGGUAUUCUGAGGUUGUUACAAAUGGUGAAAUGGUAGAAUAUUAUAAUAUAUCUGGCUGUUAUAUCCUCCGACCAUGGGCAAUGUCUAUUUGGGAGAUAAUGCAAACAUACUUUGAUGCAGAAAUCAAGAAGAUGAAAAUUAAAACUUGCUACUUCCCACUUUUUGUAUCCAACAACGUUCUACAAAAAGAGAAGGAUCACAUAGAGGGUUUUGCUCCUGAGGUUGCAUGGGUGACAAGAUCAGGGGAGUCUGAAUUGGAAAUUCCAAUUGCAAUUAGACCAACAGGUGAAACAGUGAUUAAUCCUACUCCAUUCAUCAGGAGCCGUGAGUUUCUUUGGCAAGAAGGGCACACUGCCUUUGCAACAAAGGAGGAGGCAGACACUGAGGUUUUUGAAAUUCUUGAACUGUAUAAACGACUAUAUGAAGAGUACUUGGCUGUGCCUGUGGUGAAAGGGAAAAAAAGUGAGAUGGAAAAGUUUGCCGGUGGACUUUAUACCACCAGUGUUGAGGCGUUUAUUCCAAAUAGUGGGCGUGGUGUACAAGGUGCGACUUCCCACUGCUUAGGCCAGAAUUUUGCAAAAAUGUUUGAAAUAAAAUUCGAAGAUGAAAAGGGAGAAAAGGCCAUGGUUUGGCAGAAUUCUUGGGCAUACAGUACUCGAACAAUAGGGGUGAUGGUGAUGGUUCAUGGUGAUGAUAAAGGCUUGGUGUUGCCUCCUAAAGUUGCAGGAGUACAAGUGAUUGUGAUUCAUUUGCCUUACAGUGAUGCGGAUGUUGAUGCAUUGGUGAAUGCAAGUUUGGAGACCGUGAAAGCUUUAUGUGAUGUAGGAAUUCGUGCUGAAGCUGACUUAAGGGAGAAUUAUAAACCAGGUUGGAAGUAUGCUCAUUGGGAAAUGAAAGGUGUUCCUUUGAGGAUUGAAAUUGGGCCCAGGGACAUUGCUAAAAACCAGGUGUGUGUGGCUCGUCGUGACAAUGGAGAAAAAAUUGAUAUUCCAAUGGCUGAUUUGGUUGAUAAAGUAAAGGAUUUGUUGGAUGAUGUUCAACAAAACAUGUUUGAAGUCGCUAAGCAAAAACGAGAUGCUUGUGUUCAAGUUAUAAAAACUUGGGAUGAGUUUAUUGUUGCAUUAGCCCAAAAGAAAUUGAUUUUGGCUCCAUGGUGUGAUGAAGAGGUUUACACUCACAAAGACAACAUUUCGGAAGUCGAGAAAGAUGUGAAAACAAAGACAAAAGGGGAGACAGGAGCAGCUAAGACACUUUGUUCUCCAUUUGAGCAGCCCGAGCUGCCCGAAGGUACAUUGUGCUUUGCGUCAGGAAAACCUGCCAAGAAAUGGACGUAUUGGGGACGAAGCUAUUAA